AUGUCACAGUUGGUUAGUCGGACGAGGACCAGUUCGACGAUGGUCUGCGUUUGCUUGAUUUUGUGCUUUCUGGUGCUGGCGGACUGCUUCGAGGAGGUGUCGGCCCGAGUUUACGUGGUCAAAUCGCAGAAAAAGCCGGCCAAAAAAUGUCGGGUAAGUAGGAUGUUAAGCAUGGUGACGUUAUCUGUUGGCAUAGCUAGAAAUUAAUCCUAAAUAACUAGAAAUAGGCACAAUUUAGCUAGCUAGAGUUUAAAAUAGCAUUUUUUGAGUUUUGUAAACAAAGUUUUGUCAUUACAUUAAAAAUUGAAUCUUUGCUUUGCACGGUGAAAAAUUUAUAUUUUUGCACCGUGCAACAAAGUUUGAUUUUAUUACUGUAGGUUUUACGGCUUAUUUUAUGUAACAAAUAUUUUUUCAUAUUUUAGUCUAGACUAAUGAAAACCUACUAAAACAAAUUUUACUUUAGUAGCAUUAAAAAGAAUGGCAUAAUGAAUUUUUAAAAAAUGACUGCACCGUGCAAUCUAAAAAAUGUUUUCUACUGUGCACAUAAAUCUUAAGUGCUUGUCAUUUCUCAUUCUGUAAAGAAAGUUCUUACCAUUAUUAAUUCUAUAAAGAACGUUCCAGUCAUUUCCUUGUAUAGCGUGGCUUUACAUAGCAAAUGCCAUAGUAUAAGGUCAGUAUAAUAUAAAAUGUCUCAGUUGAGUCAUAGCUUAUGCAGAAUGGCCUAGUAUGUUGAGCUGAGGAUAUUGUGUAUCUGUUAUUCAAAGGUGGCUUAGAAUAUUCGAUAUAAAAGCUAACAGGAUCGAGUUAUUUAGAAUUUAAUACCUAAAAAGAAAAAGCAUUUGACACAAGUUUAUGAGUACAUAAUGUAGUAGAAGCUACACUACAGAAUAUGAUUGAAAAAAGGUGAGUAUUGAGUUUGUAUUGAGGUUGAGAUAGUACAUUUAGUACGUACAAGGAUUAUGAAGAAAAAAAUUAGUUUAAAAAUAGAAAAAACUUUGUUUACAAAUUAAAAAAUUACACAAACUGUCUUUACAAAACAAAAAAUGGCAAAAAAAUCAAUUUAUUUGCACGGUGCAAUCAUUUUUUAAAAUUCACUGUGCCAUUCUUUUUAAAACAAUGAAAGUAAAAGUUGUUUUAAUAGCUUUUUAAUUUGUCUGCACGCUGCAACCAGGGCCGGGCGCGAGGGGGGGGGGACGGGGGGGGGGUACCCCCUAGAAAAAGAAUUUUUGAAAAAAUUGAACGUGGUCCCCCCUGUGGAUUUUCGGAAAAAAAAUUUCGCAAAAAAUCGGCACAGGUAGCCAACUGUGCCGAUUUUUUAGACUCCUGCCCCCAGACCAAAAGUCCCCGCCCGGCCCUGGUUGCGACAAUAUUUGUUACCUAAAAUAUAAAAUAAGUUUUAUAGUACGAAAAAGAAAAAUUGUUGCACUGUGCAAAAAAAUUAAAGUACUGCACAGUGCAGCAGAAAUUGAAGUUUUUGGACUAAAAAUGAAUUUAUAGUUUUUAAAGCGCAAGAAAUUUCUUUACAAAACAAAAAAUAGCAAGAACUCUCUUUAAAAUACAAAAAAUAGCAAGAACUUUCUUUACAAGCCAUAAAAUGGCAAAAACUUUCUUUACAGAACCAAAAAUUUUGAUUUUUUAUUAACCUUAUUGUAGGUCCACAUCAACACUCACCUGCAUGUGGUAAUGGACCGUAUCUGUUUGUUGUGUCAUGAGAUGUUCUCCCAUGAGAAUCCGAACUUCCGAGCCGAUUGCUCUUCGAAUUGCUACAAGUCUGAGCAUUUCCGUCGCUGUUUGAACGUGUUUGGACCGAUCGAAGCGCCCAAGUUGUUGAGCAAAAUCGAGCAUGAGGAUUGA